AUGAAAUGUUCUUUUAGUGAUUCUUGCUUUCCUGCACCUUUAGUGCUUCUGUUACUAUCAGUGCCUGUGUUCUCACAAAAUGAACUAUUCCACAUGUUAAAGGAAGAUGAAUCUACAAAGCCAUCAGGGAGCAAUAUAAAGGAAUCAAUUGAGGCUUACUUUAAUCCACUCUCACCCACAAACGCAGAAAACUAUUUUACAAAUGAAGUAGCCUCUCCGAAUUUGACUGUAAAUGAAGAAGUAUUAGAACCCGAUGAUGACGAUGAUGGAGACGAUAAUGAAGAUCCUGUCGAAGACCCCAGCGAUAACGACCAAACAGACUGUAUAAGACCGAACAGCAUUACACUACGACCAGGAAUAAUAACGUUGAUAGUAUUUGGUUUUGUAUUUGUAUUAGUCCUAGUAGGUGUAGGAGCCUACCGACUUGGAAAAUACAGGGGUUUUAUGGGUACCAAUGAUAAGAUUAGCAUGGAUGAUACUCCUUCACCAGAGUAUAUUAUACCUCGCAUUAAAUCAGUCAACAAUUUUAACAAUAGAGUGUUUGCGGAGCAAUAG